GGUGUGCGCCAGGGACCUGUUGGAAAUGACGGGAGAAGGGAUCGGAUUUCAAAUCAGAAAUCAAAACAAAAAUCCUGGAAGAUAAGAAGUUCCUGUCAGCAGAUUAAGGGUUAUGCUCAAUGGAGACCCUUAUGAGUGCUGUAGUCCCGCGCCCACCGGCCCCUACCAAGCGGGCGUCCGAGGUGGACUUCCGCUCAGGCACAACUCUCGAGCAGCUGUCGGCGCAGGUGCAGGAGCUGGUGCAGCUGGAACAGGGGGAAUUUGGGGAUCAGACAGCCCUGGAGGUGCACACUGCCAAAGAUUUCAUCUUCAACAUGCUGGGGCUGGUACAGAAGGUGGACCAAAGACUUCCUGUGGCUAAUGAGUACCUUUUACUUUCGGGGGGUGCCAGAGAAGGGGUGCUUGACUUGAAUCCUGAGGACCUGGGCGACUAUGCUAAAGGGGUGGACUUUGACCUGGACUUCACCCUGCUGGUACCUGCCCUCAAACUGCACGACCGAAACCAACCGGUCACCUUGGACAUGCGACAGUCUGCCCCGUGUCACUCGUGGCUAAGCUUACGACUGUGUGACCCUGCCAUGCUUGCCCGCUGGCGAAUCUGCUGUCAAGAUGAGACCACCAAUGGACAUUUAGGCGAGGAGGAGGAGGAGGAGGAGGACAAGGAGGAAGACGAGCAAGAUAACGGACGAGGAUCCAUCCCCUCCUUGCAGUCACCCCAGUCUUUAGACGGCUGCUAUUUCUCCCCGGAGCUCGUUGCCGACUGGUUCUGGGAAGUGGUGGGAAAAGCUGUUGAGGAGUUGCGGAGGAACCCCCAGCGCGGGAUCCCGGUACCAGAGCGGGUUGAAAGGAAUGGCCCCCUCACCACCCUGAUCCUUACGGCCGGCACCAGCCGUGUGCUGUAUGACCUUCUUCCCGUGGUGUCGUUCAGAGGUUGGCCUGCUGUGGCCCAGGGAUGGCUCACCACCAAUCAUUUCUGGGAUGGGAAGAUCACGGAGGAAGAGGCCAUCAGCGGCUUCUACCUCUUGCCUUGUUGUGCCCCAGGAUCCGCACGACCUGACCGCGAAUGGAGACUGUCCUUCUCCCGUUCGGAGGUUCAGCUGAAGAAGUGCGUGCCCUACCCUAUGGCCCAGGCCUUCCAGGCCGCUAAAGCCGUGCUUUCCAGGCUGUUGGCACGACCAAGAACGGGGCUCAGUCUCUAUCACCUCCGAACGUUGCUUUUCUGGGCAUGCGAUCGCCUUCCUACCGCUUACUUGAGCUCUCCCGACCACGAGACCCCUGCUCGAUUGCUGCUGGGGUUACUGGAUGAUCUUGCGCAUUGCAUCUUGGGCAAAAACUGUCCCAACUACUUUCUGCCACAGUGCAACAUGCUGGAUCACCUAAGUGACAGCGCCGCCUUGUUGGUUGCCAGGAAACUUGCACACUUGCGGUCCGAUCCGGCUGAGCACCUUCGGGCAGCAUUGGACCAAGCGCGUCAGGCCUCCCAGCUCAAACGGGAUGCGGCCGCAGCGGGAGGUGCCGUCAACGGCCAUGCAUCCUCCCCAGGCCACGCCCGCGGGGGCAGUCUGUCACCUCAGGAGGACAGGCUAGCGCAGCGACUUCAGCAGCUUGUGACGGAGAACCCUGGCAAGUCCAUCUCUGUCUUCCUUAACCCUGACGAUGUGUCCCGCCCGCACUUCCGCAUCGAUGACAAGUUUUACUGAGCUGUCGGCACAACAGUGGAAGCAAAGGUGCACUGCCACACGGAAUCAAGCCACCGUCUCUUCCUGCUCCGUGGCCGACAAGCUAAUGCUACUGCUAUCGCUGGAUAUCAAAGGUGACGGAAUAUGUAUACUCCUUUAGCGCACUGCACUGUAUGAAACCAAAAAAAGAAAAAGAAAAAAAGAUCGACCCGCAGAAUCUUCAGUGACAUACGCACUGAUUCAAAGCGUUUCCGCUCAGUGCUCUAAUCCAACCGUUGAUCAAGCUGUUACCACGGCGACUGCCUGACUUCUUAGCUGCUGCUACUGCUGCUGUAAAGAGGCUGCCCUAAUGAGGGACGACUUUAAAAACAAGAGUCGUAGAAGAAAAGGAAAAAAAUGAUCCGAAAGAGAACUUCAAAACUUGCAGCAGGAGUAAAUAAUACGUUGAUUUUCGUACUCCUUGUAGGAAUAUUUGGGCACCUGCUAUUCUAUUACUCCUUCCUGCCCUUUCCCUGUAUCCCCUCUUGGGCCAUAUUGCCUUGCACAGAAUGUUGGCUGCUUCAUUAGGAGAAUGCAUAAGGACCUAAUGGGGGUUUGUGCCCUGAAAUGUAUUACUACUGAGAGAUCAGACUACAGCACCUUUACUCUUGUUUUGUUCAUGUCUGACAAGCAGGGGGUGAUUAAAAAAGAAAUGAACAGAAUUGAGGUACAACUGAUGCAACUGAAUGUAAUA